AUGGGACUCAAGACCGGGAUUAUUGGGCCAGCAGGCUUCGGUGGCUCAUACUUGUGUAUUGAACUAAUUAAUCGCGGCCAUACAGUCCGCGGCAUCUCUCGACGGCCGGAGAAACUGGGAACUCACGAUGCCUACGCCCCGUAUUCGAUUGACAUUGAGAAUUGCUCCUUGGAGCAGCUCAUCGAUGCGUUCAAGAAUCUCGAUGUUCUUGUCAACGAGUACGGACCUCAUACAGGCGGAGAGCACGCCCUUCAAUAUCAACCGUUUCUGGAAUUGACACGAAAAAUAAUUAUCGCAGCCAAAGAGAGCAGAGUCAAGUACUUCAUCAUGGUUGGCGGGUGUGGGUCUUUAAAUAUGCCCGGUAGUCGACUUCAAACUUGCUCCGAGAGUCCAGCUUGGUGGCUCGCCUACCGCCGAGGCAUCGCGGACAGCCACGCACAUGUCGCAUACAUGGAAGAGAGGCUUGGUUCCAUGGGCUCCUCGCUUCGUCAAUAUCGAGAUGCGCGGGCUAAGCUUCGAGAAGGCAAGACAGACGACGACGCGCUCCGGAUCAUCGAUGAGUAUGAGCAAGCAGUGCUUAAGAAUGACAAGGCCUUGACCUUUGUUACGGCAUGCCGGACCAGCUUUAUGUUUUUUAACGGAAACACCUCGUUCCCGUGGACAUUUGUCUCGCCUCCCGCGCUCUAUCGUUCUGGAAAACGAACUGGCAGCUACGAGACGAUUUAUGAUGAACUUCCAGUAAAGCCACCGUCCGGUAACGAGGAUGCGGAGAAUUUGGAUGGAAGGUUGCACGGGAUCACAGCGGCAGACCUCGCAAUUGCCAUCGCCGAUGAGGCUGAGAACCGAACGAAAGUUGGGAGACAUUGGAGUGCGUAUGCAGACAUGUCUGAUGACACGCCAAUGCCUUCGUAUGCCAGUUUGUUAGAUAUAUGA